AUGAUUCGCAGCAAUGACCGAAACCGUGUCGGCUUUCUACGGACGGAGAACCGCAUCAACGUCCUCCUCAGCCGCGCCCAGUACGGCAUGUACCUCAUCGGCAAUGCGGACACCUACGCCAACAUUCCCAUGUGGGCCGCCGUGCUCAGCAUGCUGCGCCUCCAAGAUUCCGUCGGCCCGGCCUUCGCUCUUUGCUGCCCUCGUCACCCCGAGACCGAGAUUCAGGUCGCGCAGCCGGAGGAGUUCGCCAUAAACAGUCCCGAAGGAGGAUGCAGGCUUGCUUGCGACAGGCGCUUAGAUGCGUUUGCUGCAAGCACUCCCACUGCAGCAAACCCUGCCACGAGCCUUGCGCUCCCUGCAUCCAUGACUGCGCCUGGCGGUGCAAGCACCAGGGCCGGUGCAGCAUGCCCUGUCCCGCGCCUUGUAAUCGCCUGCCUUGUCCUCACCGAUGUUCCCUCGUUCUUGAUUGCGGCCACCAGUGCCCCAGCCUCUGCGAUAUGCUGCUCCGACGGCAGAAAGGACCAACGCGUAGACAUGCUGGAAUUCAAAUCAUACAACGAAAUUAACCUUGAUGAAACCCCAAUCAUUGUCCUAAGCUAUGGGCAUUCCUUCACAGCCGAGACACUUGACGGGCACAUGCAGAUGAGUGAGGUCUACGAAUACCUCCCUGCAACUGGCGAGUACACAGGUCUGCGCGAAAAUAGAGAAUCACUGGCGCCAGCGCCACCUCGGUGUCCCGAUUGCAAGCGAACGGUUCGCCAAUUCGCGACACAGCGCUAUAAUCGCGCCAUCAAUCCCGCCGUCAUUGAUGAGAUGUCGAAGCGUUUUCUUGUGAGUGGGAGUGAAAGGAUUCGGAACCUUGACGCGGACAUUGACGAGAUAGAGGAAGGUCUUCAGAAGGCGAGGCACCAGGUUGUGACUCCUGAACAAGGUCAGAGCAACCGCGGCCUUCGUACUUUCCUCGCCAGGCUUCGAGAGAUGGAAAAAAGGGCUCGCAAGAUGUCUGUCGAUAGACAACAAGCCCCCGGCUCCAGCACCUCGCGACCGCCGAAUAGCCGGGCGCUGCACGUCAAAGCCUUGUUUGUGUUUUUGGCGCACCGUCUCAGUCUGGUCCGCGAAAUGAGCUCCGCCACCUUGGAUCUCCCCUCUGAACCACCAGGACCAGAUGUACAACUCGUGAAUGACUUCCUCGCCACCUGCGAUAGCUUCAUUGCUGAGUGUGGCAUCGAAAAAUUACCCAAACUAGAUGUUGAAGCUCGGCUCUUCUACGGUCGCGAUGUGAGACUGUACAAUGGUUCUACGUUUGGGGGAGAGGAUGGCGAAACGAGAGGGGGCGAAUAUGUCAACGCAGCAAGAUUUUUCAUUGAGGGUGCCAUCGAAUUAUGCAGGCAACCCUUCCAUAUCGUCGAUGUACUCCGCACUGUAGCAGAGGAGGUGCAGCGGGCGUUGGGGAGAGAGUGGUACGACCCCGUCAGCGCGCAGGAGCUCGAAGCGGGGAAGAGCGCGAUGGUCAGCGGCUCGCACGGCCUAGCGACGCACUCGGGUUACUGGUAUAACUGCCACAACGGCCAUCCUGUGAGUUUGUUCUCUUUCUUCUGUGGAUAUGGAAGAAGCGCGCUGCCCGGAGUGUGGCGAGCCGGUCGGUGGGCGUUCGCAUCAGUCGGUAGAAGGCGUGACGAGGGCGACGUACAUGGAGUAGAAAUCCCGGAUUGA